GCCCAGCAAGAGCUCACCAUGCGCCAACAGUGCACCUGAACCCUAUCGAAACCUUUUCUCACUUUCCGUGCACAAGUGAAAUUUCAGUCUAUUAAUUAUAUUUUUAUUUUUAAAAGAAACUACCUUGGAUUUCUGCUGAAAAAAACUGCAUUUUACUUGCUGCACAAGAUGGGUGACUGGGGCUUCCUGGAGAAGUUGCUGGAUCAGGUCCAGGAGCAUUCGACGGUCAUCGGCAAGAUCUGGUUGACGGUCCUCUUCAUCUUCCGUAUCUUGAUCCUGGGCCUUGCUGGGGAGUCCGUAUGGGGCGAUGAACAAUCUGACUUUGUUUGUAACACCAAGCAGCCCGGCUGCACCAACGUCUGCUAUGACAAUGCCUUCCCCAUCUCCCACGUCCGUUACUGGGUGUUGCAGUUCCUCUUUGUCAGCACGCCCACCUUGGUCUACCUGGGGCAUGUCAUCUACCUCCACCGGCAAGAGGAGAAGUUGAAGGAACGGGAGAGCGAGCUCCGGGCUCUCCAGUCCAAGGAUUAUAAUGUGACAGCCACACUGAUGGCAGUGGAAAAGAAGAUAGCCAAGAUCUACAUGGCAGAGGAUGGGCGGCUCAAAAUCCGUGGGCCUCUGAUGUGGACCUACAUCAUCAGUGUGGUGUUCAAGUCCAUCUUUGAGGCUGGCUUCAUUCUUGGACAGUGGUACCUCUACGGGUUUGUCAUGAGGCCCCUCUAUGUCUGUGAAGGGUCCCCCUGCCCACACAAGGUAGAUUGCUUUAUGUCCCGCCCCACCGAAAAGACCAUCUUCAUCCUCUUUAUGCUGGUGGUGAGCUUGAUCUCACUCGUCCUCAAUGUUCUAGAGCUCUUCCACCUCUGUUGCAAGGGCCUCCUCCACAGCGUAAAGGAAAGUGACUGCUGCUCUCCUUCGUCUGCUCCCCCUCUGCCUUGCGAUGGCAGCAACUUCCCCAGCAAACUUUGCGAAAUGUCUGCAGGGCCUUAUCCAGACAAAUCCUACUUCUACCUCCCAAUGGCCGAGAGGCCUUCCUCGCACUAUCAGGCUUACAACAAGCUUUCCAACGAGCAGAACUGGGCCAACUUCAACACUGAAGAAACCUUGGCCUUACGAGACCAGAAUAAGCCCCCUGAUGUCUUCGUGGCAGAAGCCCCAAAGACCCAUCUCUCUCAGGAAAGGCAGUCUAGCCGGCCUAGCAGCAGUGCUUCCAAAAAACAGUAUGUCUAGUGAAAAGAAAUUAAAUAUCAAAGGAAGGUGAUGUCUUCCUUGACAGUCCUGGAAGGUUAUGAAGCCAAACCUCUUUAGCAAUGGGUUGCUUCAGUCUGGUUCAUUCCUCUUUAAGAGGUCAUGUCUUGAUGUUGUUGUCAGGUGCUAUGUUCUGUCUCCUACGUUAUCCUGCCAUGGCUUCCACGGGGACACUGACCGAAUUGGCCAGUUAUGCCAGUUAAUAUGCCAGUUAUGGAAAAUGAGACAUGGAACAACCUUUUCCAUUCCAACAAAAUGGCUAAAUCACCUAGGUGGGGUGCUACAUGGUGACUCUUGGAAAGUUAUUGUUGUUUGGUGUCUUUUGUCUGUACUCUAGAUGUUCAGAUGGCAGCAAAUGGCUGGUCAAAGGGGGGUAUGAGACCUCUUGACAUGCUGACAAUGUGUAGAAGAUGGCUUCAGUUCUUACAAGGCAACUUGCAAGCUUGUGGAAACGCAGAGAACGAAAAUACACUCAAGCGGAGACAAAAGAGAUUUCUGGUGUAACUUCUAUUUAUGGAUGCCAUGUCAAUGACUCAAGGGCAUACAUCUCUCCCUCGACCGGGCUGCCUUUUCUCUUCUGGUCCAAGCAGCUUAGAAAUAUACAGGAAGUUCAAGCAGUUUAGGAAUAUUAGACCGUAAGAAUAUAUUGGACUGGAAGGGGGGGAAAGUAAUCUAAAAACAGCUUUCCUGUUUUGGGCCAGCAGUUGAGGGAACAUUGACUGCUGUAGAAAUGAGCUUAUCCAGAGCUCACCUCAUUAAAAUACAGAACAAAGUCCCCUUGAUACGGCUCAAAUCCUUUGAGCCAUUUCUGAAAUGUCUCCUUGGAGGUCGGUCCUGCUUAGUAUGUGUGCUAUGAUGGGGUCGUAAGCAUGGUUGUUGUUGGUUUUGGGGUCUUCACUAUAUGGCGUACAUGGUUAAGUUAUCUUCCUUGUAACACAUUCACGGUUGGGGAAUAUCCAACACUUGAUUUGAAAAAUGCUCUUUUUUCCUUCAGCACUGUAGGGUUUUAUUUAGAGAUGCACAGUGCAAAUCCUUAGCCAUCCCUCCUCAGCCUAUGUGCCUGUACUACCUCUUCUCUGUCUGUCCCAGUGACAUCAGAUCAGGGGUCUCAGAUCCAUAAGUACAGCUCUGGCCGUCCAGAGAUUGUUGGCCUGCACUUCCAUAAUCCCUAACCAUAGGCUGUGCUGGCUAGGGCUGCUAGGACAUACAGUCCAGCAUCAUCUGAAACAGGCUUUCUCAACCUUUGAUCCUACACCUCUUUUGUACUUCAUGUCUCAGAUGCUUCCACCUUCAUGGCUAAUGAUUGGUUCUGGGAGUUGAAGUCCAAAACAUCUGGAAGACCAAAGGUUGAGAACUGCUGAUCUAGAAGGUCACAAGUUGCUGACCCCUGCCAUAGACACACAUACAUAGUGUUUGAAAAUCCAUUGGAACUUCAUCCUGGUUGUCCUUUCAAGCAUCUAUCAUCCAAAGCAGGGCUGUUGAGGUGCAUAUGUAUGUCCAUAUACACACCUUUACCCCUACAUUUCCAUGCAUCUCGCUCCUGAUAUAGAGAGGACAACUACUGGCUCAGCUAAAAGCUGCAAUACAUAACUAUCCCAUAAGACAAAAUGUAAUGCAUGUUAGAGAGAAAUGUUUUUAUAUAUAAACCUUUGUACUGGCCAGUCUCUGUCCUGGGGGACUUAGAGUUUGUGUUCUUCCUUAUGUUAAUUUAUUGUGAUAUAUGUGUAUAGUCUUCAAACAGAAGCUAGUCCUUCCAGAUCCUUUCAACAAAGAGUGUGUUAAAAUAGUGAUAGUUCCUCACUGGCAACGAAAAGAUAAUGUGAGAACCAGUCCACUGGAUACUUUAAUAGCGUGUUGGGUGCCUUUUUCUGUUUGUCUCUGAGAUAAAUUGGAGCAGGGUGUUUUUGCCUGAAAAGGUUCUUAUCUUCAGCAACACAGUGGAAACCCUCUCGUCUUGGGGGAGCUUUUGACUGAUAUAAAACCAAGCUCUUUUCCCCUUUUAUGUCGCCUCCAAAAUCCACGAUCAAGAGGAAACUCAGGGAGGAAGAAAAUUAUUUUUCUACAGUGCCAUUUCUCGAUCUCCGGUGUCAUCCAGUGCGGUGACAAAGCUGUGAAAAGGAGAUCUUUGCAUGCCAUGCAUUCCGGCUCUUUUGAGGGGGACCAACAUAGUGUGGACAGCUUGUCUCCCCAUUGACAGUUCAACCAAAAUACAUCAAUGCCAAGGAGUGAGUCAUGGUUUUGGGGGAAGAGAGCUGAUCAUCUUAGAUCUGAAUUUCCUUUUUCAGAAUAAAACUGCAACAAUGGUCGCUUGCAUGUGCAGAGUGCCUUUGUA